AAAGGGUACAUUUUCAUUAACUCAGACAGUUAUAUAGAACCAGUCAUCCUCUAUAAGCAGAACUUUCCUGCGACCACUUUCUUCCGCCGGCGAUACUCUGCCGGAAAAUGCUGUGCCGGAAAAACUCAAGUUUUGUGGAUAGAGGAAACGUUCCGGUUUAUCUCAAUGUCUACGAUCUAACUCCCAUCAAUGGCUAUGCUUACUGGUUUGGUCUCGGUAUUUACCAUUCUGGUGUUGAAGUUCAUGGUAUAGAGUAUGCUUUUGGAGCUCAUGAAUAUCCAAGUACCGGUGUAUUCGAAGGGGAACCGAAGCAAUGCGAAGGGUUUACGUUUAGGAAAUCGAUAUUGAUUGGUAAAACUGAUCUUGGGCCUUUGGAAGUUAAGGCUACGAUAGAGAAACUUGCAGACAAGUACAAAGGAAGUUCUUACAAUCUCAUCACCAACAACUGCAACCACUUCUGUGACGAAACUUGUAUUAUCUUAACCGGGAAUCCAAUUCCUAGUUGGGUUAACCGUCUUGCAAGAAUCGGAUUCAUAUGCAAUUGUGUACUUCCUGCAACCAUGAACGCGACCAAGCUCGGGGACAACCGAGUCAACCAAGACAAAACAUGUGAAGCAGCAGAAGCUGAGACGAAGAAACUGACGAGUGAAUCAAGCAGAGAGAGGUCUAGUACUGAUACUCCUUCGCCAUCAUCUUCCUCUCCUUCAGUUCAAGUUCGUGGUCGAAGCAGGAAAAGACGUCCUCGUACUCGUGCCAUGCAACCUUCAUCUCCAUUGAUUCUCAGCUCUUCCAACACUUGACCAUAAAUAAAAUCUAUUUUAAUCUUUUUUUUUUUUUUACCUAAUUGCAGUUGUGCUUUGUUAUCUUGUUAAAGAAGCCAAGUAAA